GGGAGGGGUUGGAACGUCAGGGCCAGCGGGGCCCCCUCCGAGUUUGUUUGUGAUUUUGGUUGGUGGUGGGUACCUGGUGUCCUUGGAGGGUAAAAGCCUGGUGGUGAUACGUCCUCGAAUCAAGCAAUCUCAAUCUCAAUCUCAAUCCCUGCCGAUCAACCGUUCCAUCGAUGCAGCAGUCCACGGGUAUCUGGCAUGCCCUCACCAUGAACCGAACAUCGUCAAGGAAGGGACGAUGGUCCGCAAAACAGGCGGCACUGGACCGGAAGGUCAUUCUAUCGUAAACAGGAGUGUAGCAAUAGCAGCAGCAACCCUCACACGAUGAGUACCAUAGUCCCGGCGGCCCCCGGGGCAAUCGGUGAUGACCACCAGCCGGCAGCAGGUGAUGGCCAGGCGACGGCGGCGGCGACUCUCUCCGCGACGAGCGAACCACCAGCACAGGAACAGCGUCCGGGACAGGACCUUCCAUCCGCCAAUGGCAACUGCUGCUGCUCGGAGUCUUCCGCGUCCGACGACGACGACGACGACGACGAGCCGGAAGGGCACCAUGACAUGGAAGAGGAAGAGGAGGAUGAGGAGGAGGAGGAGGAGGAACCGCCGGAAGUGCGAGCAGCCUGCCUGAUGCAGGAUUUCCCCCCCACACCGUACGAGGAGUGUUUGGAUAUGAAAAUGUUCGAGGUCCCGGACACCCGGGAAUCGACUACCGAGAUACCAUCACCACCGGCGCCGCCGCUGCCGCCACCCACUGUCCACCAGGAGCAGGAGAUAUCGGACCACCAAUCGCCGCUGGUACCGGACGGUUCUGGAUCCUUCGGAGUGCGCCGGAAAAGCGACAUCAACGGAACGAAAGACGACGGAUGCAGGGAGGAGAAGGAGGAGAAGAAGGAAGGUCAGACGAGCGCGUUGGCGACCGGUGACACCGGUAGCAGCGACAAUGGCACCAAAAAGAAGGUCCGCCCGAACGGCCUGACCUUGUCUGUGUCGCUGCACGAUUCGUUCUGGUUCGGUGCGGGCGGGGAAUCGCGGGACGGGGAACCAGUCCCCGUCCCCGUCCCCGUCCCGGUCGAGCCCAACCUGCACCGACCGCUCGAGCGUUCCUGGCCGCCAGCCGGACCGGGCCGGGACCAUUACCGACCGGACCGGGAACGACCAAGGUCGGGGGCGAGAUCCAGCCGAACGGAGGGAGGGGAGCGUCGUGUGCUGGAUCAGGAAGGGUUCAGCUUUGACAUCAUCGAUAUGGACGAACAGCCGACCGAGCUCGAAUCUCGCGAAGCGAAGGCAACAACGGAGCAACAGCAACCACAACAACCACAACAACUAGAGGAAAACGAACAGGAUGAGGAGGAGAAUGAGGAGGAGGAGGUACAACAGGCAGAAGCAGAAGAUGAGGAAGAGGAGGAACAGGAAGGUGCGAUCGGUGGAGUGGUGGUAGAGGCCCGGCCGACCCCGGUCGUGGCCACGGUAUCCUCCUCGGUGGUCCGGUCCCAUCGUCCUCUCGUACGAACCCGUUCGAAUGGCCGGCUAAGCGCACCACGAUCACGGGGCGGAACAGCAGCAGCAGUCGCAGCGUCCAGUGGUAGCGAAAGUCCGCGCCCCGCUCCGGGACGCGGUCCGUUGACCCGGGCUCGAGCCCGUGCCGUCCACCAGGAGCUGGUCUGUCCACCGACACCCACCCACCAUGCCAGACGUUUGGCGCGCGUGGACCGCGCACAGCCACAGUCUCAUGAGUCCCAUGAGUCGACCGGGGAGCAACGCGAAGCAGAACCGGCGCCGAACGAGCCGGCCCACGCGACUGCUGAUGGUGAGGGUGAGGGUGAUGGGACUAGGCCUCGGUCCACAGCGGAAAGCGUCACGCCGAGCGCGUCCGUCCCUUUGCGUCACAUUCCGAUCAUGCGGUUACCGUCGAUACCGGAGCAACGGGGCCGGGCAUUGCUCGCCGAACCGGACGAACCACUACCGCCGGCCUGGGAAGCCCGGAUGGAUAGCCAUGGGCGGAUAUUCUACAUUGAUCACGCGACGCGCACCACCUCCUGGCAACGCCCAGGGCCGCACGGUGCGGUGGGCAGUGCGCUGACGGGCCCGGACGGUGGUCCGGAUGCACACCGGGCUCAGCUCGAUCGCCGGUACCAAUCGAUACGGCGCACGAUCUACGAGCACAUGCAGCAGCGAAGCCGUGCCGCGGAGGAGUUACCGCGGGCCUCAACGUCUGGCAAUGCGACGGCGACGUCCGCGUCGUCGUCCGCGUCGUUGUCGCCACCAUCACGGCACCAAUGGGCAUCGACGGACGAACCGGACGGUGGUGAAUCGAGCGGUCUCCGAACCGAUCUGCAACCGUUGGUCGAACAUCCGGCGGUGCUGAUGCUCUGCCGGUCCGAUUUCUACUCGAUGCUGCACACGAACGAGGGUGCGAUCCAGCUGUACAACCGGAAUGCCGCCCUGAAGCAUAUGGUGUCGCGGGUACGCCGUGAUCCGACCAGCUUCACCCGCUACCAGCACAACCGGGAUCUGGUGGCGCUGGUUAACUGCUUCGCUGCGGCCACCGGACCCCACGAACCACUGCCGAUCGGUUGGGAGAGUAAGUACGAUCAGAGUGGCAAACAGUUCUUCAUCGAUCAUGGGCAGCGGCGGACAUCGUUCAUGGAUCCUCGGUUACCGACGGAGGGACCGCGGGUACCGGCGAGCCUGUUGCGUCGGCCGCAACCCCAUCCACGCCGGCUCGUCACCGAUGAUGUACGGCCGGUACCACCACCACGUCCACCCGCUACCACCACCACCACCACCACCACCACCACCACCAUGCAUCGGUGGCAGGCGGAGGCGCAGAUACCGGUCGCUUACAACGAAAAGGUCGUUGCGUUCCUCCGCCAACCGAACAUACUGGAGAUACUGCGCGAGCGGCAUGGGUCGGCCGCGUGCUCCCGGAAUCUGCGCGAAAAGAUCAACGCGAUCCGGGUCGAGGGGACGGCCGCACUCGAUCGGUACGGUCACGACCUGGAGCUCACCAUACUGCUUAGCCUCUUCGAGGAAGAAAUAAUGAACUACAUCCCGCCGCGCCCUCAUAGCACCCUGGCACCGAGUCGCCCGACGCGCGGCGAUGCAGAAGGAUACGAGUUGAUAAUCAUGAACGAACUAAGACCACGAGUAGGCAGAUCGACGGGAGCGGGAAGAGCAGGACGAGGGGCAGAUGGAGCAGGAGCAGGAAGAGGGGCAGAUGGAGCAGCAGGAGGAUUUGGAUUGGCCGCAGCCGCAGCCGGGCUACCGGACGAAAUCAACGAGGGUGCGGUCGUCGUACGCAACGGCCAGGGACAGGGUGGUGCCGCCGCCGCCGCCGGUGGUGGUCGACGCCAGCAGCAGCAACAGCAGCAGCAGCAGCACCCCCAACGGUUGCGGCGCGACUUCGACGCGAAGCUGACCCUCUUCUGUCAGCGUCUCGAAUCGAAGGGUUUCGGGCGCGGACCGCAGCUCAAGCUGCACGUACGCCGCAACUACCUGCUCGAUGACGCGUUCCGGAGCGUGAUGGCACUGAGCAGACGGGAGCUGCAGCGCGGCCGCCUCUGCAUCCAGUGGGACGAGGAGGACGGGCUCGACUAUGGGGGGCCGUCGCGCGAGUUCUUCUAUCUGGUGUCGCGCAGCCUCUUCAACCCAUACCACGGGCUGUACGAGUACUCGGCCAACGACAUCUACACCGUACAGAUCACGCCCGAGUACGGACUGUUGCCGCGCUCGAGCCUGGAAUGGUACCGCUUCAGUGGACGGUUUCUCGGGCUCGCCCUGGCCCACCAGUUCCUGCUGGACGUGUUCUUUACGCGCCCGUUCUACAAGGCCCUGCUGCAGCUCCCGGUGGCGCUGAGCGAUCUCGAGUCGCUCGACAACGAGUUCCACCAGUCGCUGCUGUGGAUCCGGGACAACGAUGUCGGCAACGGUAGCGAGCUGGGGCUAACGUUCAGCGUAACCGAGGAACGGCCCGGCCAGCCCAAAGUGGAGCUGGAGCUGCGCCCGAACGGCCGCAACAUUGCCGUAACCGAGCGCAACAAACGGGACUAUCUGGAGCGCAUCAUCAAGUGGCGGCUCGAGCGGGGUGUACUGCCGCAAACCGAGGAGCUGCUGCGUGGGUUCUACGAGGUGAUCGAUGCCCGGCUCGUCUCCGUCUUCGAUGCCAGCGAGCUCGAGUUCGUCAUCUCCGGUACGGUCGAGAUCGAUCUGCGCGAUUGGUGCGAAAACACCGAGUACCGGGGGGGUUACCACGCUUCGCAUCCCGUCAUCGUGUGGUUCUGGAAGGCACUGUUUACCUUCUCGAACGCUCAGCGCCUUCGUUUGCUGCAGUUCGUGACGGGUACCUCGAGCGUACCGCACGAUGGCUUUGCGGGGCUUCGCGGUGCCACCGGUAUGCGCCGGUUCUGUGUGGAGAAGUGGGACAAGGUCGAUGCGCUCCCGCGGGCCCACACCUGCUUCAACCGGCUGGACCUACCGCCGUACCCGUCGCUCGGCAUACUGUACGAGAAGCUGCUGAUGGCCGUCGAGGAGACGGACACGUUCGGUAUCGAGUAAUGGGCGAGCAGUCCGGUCCCCCUGGUAAACCCCGUGUCAUCUCUUCCCUGGCGUGCCAUUUGAACGCGAGACUGCAGCAGACGAAGCAGAAGAAGAAGCAGAAGCAGAAGAAGAAGACGAAGGGAUCGUCGGGAGGGGGGGAACAAAAUUUAGGCCGCAUCGAUUAGAUUACCACAAAACCUAACCAGACUUAAAGACCAACAAGCGGUUCAACAACAACAACAGCCGAUAUAAUCGUAACUGGACUGGACAUCACAUCAAAUAGCAAUAGCAGGCCUAAAGAAAUGCCACAAAAUGCCAGAAAACCAGAACAAAAAACAUUUAUACGCUCAAAGCAAAUCAAGGGUUCGAGGCACCAAACACAAGAAAACAAAAACCAGAUAGCGAGCCUCCCCCUCCCCGCGCGAUGUAGGACGAAGAUAAAACAGUGAACUUGUGAGUGGAAAAAGAGCAUUCAUGACGCAUUUUUCCGUUUGUUUUUCUUUUUUUAAACGCAUAAUAAUAUUAUUUUAAACAACUGUCUGCGGCUGCAUCCUGCUCUUUAAGGCAUGCGUGUAAGCGCACACACACACGCGCGUUAGCUUUAAAGAUUUGGUGGCAGUUUUGCCAAUAUAUAUAAAUAUAUAUGAUAUAUCGUAACUAUUAGCGAACCGUAGCUAGUGUAUUUUCGCCGCUCGAAUGGCGCACGAAAGCGAAGGCAACGAUUGGCGAGAUCAAUCCCUACAGGCAAACUUUCGCACAACGCAUUACAGUAGAGGUUGAGAGAUUCAAAAAGAGAAAGCGAGAGAGAGUAAAACAAAGAGUAUAAU